AUGGAUAUGUACAGCUUCCCCCUUCACAUUCCCUACAAUCCUUUAACAUCCGCAUUUUCAACUAACGCUCAUCGCCCAAUUCUCAGGUUAACGUCCGCCGAGCAGCGCACUCUCGAGCAGCGCAUGCAAAAGCGUCAAGUCAAGGAAUUCGUCGGCGCUUUCGGCGGCCUUGUCGAGCACUGCUUCACCUCCUGCGUCGACGACUUCACCUCAAAGUCCCUCUCCUCCAAGGAAACCGGCUGCCUCAACCGCUGCGUCCUCAAGUGGAUGGCCACCCAGCAGCGCGUCAGCGAGCGCUUCCAGGAGCACAACGCCCAGAUCACGCAGCAGAUGCAGAAAUAA